UAAAAUAUUAUUUCAACUGUUUUAUUUUUUUUUCUGCUCUUUACUAAUGAUAUUAGGUACAAUUUACUUGAUAUAGCGUCACUUCUGUCCUACCUUUCAUGCAGAUUCUGCAGGUGAAUCUCUGGGUUGUGAUAGAGAAUGAUUAGGAAACUCUUACUUUGUUUCACUCUGUAUAAUGAGCCCCUGUUAAUUGUACAGGAUGAAGUUACAACUCUGUGGUUCUUUGUGCAUUAUGCAGUAAUAAUAAUAAUAAUACACUUUAUUGUACAUUUGGGCUAAGUGUUUUAAUGCUGAAUUUGUGUUUGAAGAAGCAGGACUAUAAAUAUAUAUAUGUUGCCUCUAUAGUCAUGGUUCAUAUUUAGAAUGAAUAAAAUAUUGUACCACAUUUCUAACCAUGUACAGGUUAAAACAACGCCUUAAGUAAAAUAUUGCCUAAACCUAUUAUUGGUAUAUCUAUUGGAUUUUAGAAUUAAUUCACAUAGAUCUUUUCUAAAUGUAUCAUUUAUGGGUCACAUGUUCUGUUUACAGAAGAUAUGGCUUAUUUCAACUAUUCCCUAUUCGCCUCUAUGGCCAGAUCAAGAGGGGCAAACUGCUUUAUGCGCAACACUUGGUGCAGACCAAUGGUGGUUCUGCAUUUCCAUGAUUUUCAUUCAAACAGAUUAAAUCUCCGAACUGAAGAACUUGGGAGGAUUCCUUCUAUUCUCUUUUGCAAUCUACCUCAUAAUUGCACCUCUUUAGUACCCGUGUGUAACUUCCACCAGUCAGGUCGAUGGCUUGAAGAAUGUAAACAAGCCGCCCACAAACACACUAACAAACCAAGUAUUGGAAAAAAAGGUUUACGUUCGCAAACAAAUGAAAAGGCUGUUGGGAAAAAAUCCUGGAAAGAAAGAAUUGUAAAUGAACUGAAACAUUAUUACAAUGGAUUCCGAUUACUUUGGUCCGACAUAAAGAUAGCAACAAGGAUACUGUCAAGAUUACUGCAUGGAUUCCAGCUCAGCCGCAGAGAAAGACGAAGGCUUCUGCGGACCUGUGUUGACCUCUUCCGUCUAGUUCCUUUCGUAAUAUUCCUGAUUGUGCCAUUUAUGGAGUUUUUGCUCCCCGUCGUCUUAAAGCUGUUUCCUGAGAUGUUGCCAUCUACGUUUGAGACAAAAUUGAGUCGGGAUCAAAAACAGAAGCAGACCAUGGCAGCAAAACUUGAAAUUGCAAAAUUUCUCCAGGAAACGAUUGUGGAAAUGGCCAAAAGGAAUAAAACAGAAAGUGGAGGAGCUGCCCAGCAGUUUUCUUCUUAUUUGCAGAAGGUGCGACACUCGGGAGAACAUCCAAGUACAAAGGACAUAGUACGCUUCUCCAAACUCUUUGAAGACGAGUUGACGCUGGAACAUCUCAACCGUCCUCAACUGGUGGCACUCUGUAGGCUUUUGGAACUGCAGCCCAUUGGUACAAACAACUUGCUUCGCUUCCAACUCCAAAUGGAAUUGAGAUCCAUAAAAGCAGAUGAUGAAAUGAUUGCCCAAGAAGGCUGUGAAGUUUUGACUGUGUCGGAACUGCAGACAGCGUGUAGAGCGAGGGGUAUGAGAUCAUUGGGUCUGACAGAAAAGCAACUGCGGCAGCAGCUCACUCAGUGGCUGGAGUUGCAUCUGAAGGAGAAUGUGCCCCCGUCGCUGCUGCUGUUGUCCCGUGCUAUGUACCUGACCGACGUCAAAUCAAUUACUCCUGCCGUUAAAGUCCCAAUCAUCCAGCUGGGCAUUACUGUUUCCCCGGACAAACAGCCACCAGGCAAAGAGAGCGCUGAAAAACCAACCCCACCAAGCUCUGGAUCGCGUGACCUGGACGCAACACUGGAAAACAUCGAGACUCAAGAAAUGAAAGAGUCCCAGAAAAGCAAGGCCAGUGCAAACGGCUCGUGAUGCUGCAAGGAUCUCGUCACCGUGGACAUGCUGUUAAAGCAGAGUGGCCUCUAUUCUCCAGUUGACCAAUUUAACUAUACCAAUGGACAUUAAUGGGCUGGAGAUAUUGCCUUGGCUGAUGCUUCAUUGCUGUUUAGACAUGAGAUAUCACUUACACAGCCACCUGUGUACGAAAGCCGCAUCCAAGCAGAAUCAUCACACCACGUCCAACCUGAGAAAAAGCAAAGCAAUCAUAAAAUAAUAAUGUGUAUGUAAGCUAUUGAUGUUUCUCACUUGACAUCAGGCACUGCUAUUGGAACUGGAACCAGGUUAAAUAACCCCACUCCUGUAACUGCACAAUGCACAGAAAGUCCACACUACAGUGUAUAAACAGAACCUUCUGGAACAUCUCAUGAAUGAAUUCACGCAAUGUAUCGUUUUAAUGGGGCAGACAAAACCCAAGACACACCUUACAGAGUGAUCUCUUUUUAAAAAUUGCUAAUUGUUACGACAUAACUGGUAUAUUUAUACUGUCUUGGUGCAGCUACCUAUCGCAGAAACCAGGGCAAAUAGAAAGCAUAUAAACUUAAUGCUGUGGGACUAGCGGCAACAUGUGGCUCAUACUGCGGCCUUUUAACAGGGAUUGCUACUGUGCUGGUCGACUGCACUGCGAGCUAGAUGCCCCGCUAAGCAGGUCACUCUAAACAGAAAUGUUCCUUUGUCAAACACCCCAAGUAUUAUCAAUACCCAGGGAAGGCAAUUUAUCGCAGAAUGCAAGAUUUUGAAAUUAUUUUGUCUGGUGCUGAACAUGAAUUUUGCUUAUCUGCUAUUGUUUGGUUUGUAGAAAUGUUGCAAAAGAAUUGUCUCACCCUUUCCAAUUUGGAGAUGUACUGUUUUAUUAAUUCAUAACUAAAUACAUGCCUUCUUUUGUAAACCCGUCUAGCAUUUUUUUGAGUCGUUCGAAGAGGUGAUGAGCCAACACACUGGUAAUGUUGCAAGGGCAAAAUGAGCACGUUCAUACAAAAGGAAACAUAUGGUUUCAUUUGUUAUUAACAAAACAUUGACUCUAUGAUCCACAACCUUUAAAUGAGUGUAAAUAGAUUGGUGGAGCCAUACCUAAUCAGUGAUUACAUUCUGGUUCACUGCACCAGACCCAUAUCCUGUGUAAGUUCACCUGCAUGAGAUGAGCAUGUUUGCACCAGUGAGUUAACAUAAAGCAUCUGCCACCUGGCUUUGGAGGAUACAAGUGGCAACUCUAAUCUAGUCCUGCUGUUUUCCUAUCUGGCAGUGAUAAAUAAAUUGCAUUUGUAAAUACAUACAAAUAUUGAAAAUAAUUAUUAUACUAUUAUAAUUACCUGCUAAUUCAACUGGCCGUGUACUUUAUU